AUGGCUGACUCCCUAUUGGCGACCAGGUCUGCUGUGUCUGAUGAUGAGGAUGACACUCAUCCGAACAUUGAUACCCCCAGUUUGUUUCGAUGGCGACAUCAAGCUCGGCUAGAGCGAGAUGCGGCUUGGGCAAAGGAGAAGGCGGAAUUCGAGACGCAGUAUAAAGCGUUCUUGCAAAAGUACAACACUUGUCAGCAGAAGCUUGCAAAAGCGAAAGAGUCUAAGAGCGCCGAUUUGUCUGAACUGGAAUCCCAAAUGAAACAAUUAGAAACAGAAGAUAAAACUUGGCGCGAAAAAGAAGCAGAGCUUAAGAAAAAGGAGAAGAUCAUCAAUUCAGCCGCACUGAAACACGAAGAACCUCAACCGGACACCGAAGAAUCCGAGGAAGCUGCCAUCAACCGAUUAAAGGAAUUUGUGAAAAAACACAACAAAGAUAUCCGAAAGUUUGGCAUGUUCCAGAAACCGAUCGAUUCACAAAACUUCCUAAUCGAACAUCCGUUCUUGGUCUGCGAUGAGACAGCAAAUCAACUGGUCCUGUGGUGUAUUGAUUUAGCAAUGGAAGAGGCGAGUUUAUUGCACAAAUUCGAUCUAAUGAAUCACGUGUCCCAUCAGUGUAUUGUGAUGCAAUUCAUGCUCGAAUUGGCCAAAUCUCUCAAAUGUGAUCCGCGUAGUUGUAUUCGACCGUUCUUUGCCAAUGUUCUUGUUCAAGUCGGACACCGUCCGUCUACAGCCCGUGUACUGCGCACGAAUAUUCCGUUCGACCGGUUGGAAGAACGUGAGAAACGUUUAGGACCAGGUGGUUUAGAUCCCGUAGAAGUUUUUGAAAGUUUGCCACCAAACAUGAAAGAAUGUUUUGAGAAGAAAGAUGUCGAGAUGUUGAAAACAGUUUUAUGCUCCAUGGACCCAAAAGACGCCGAAUAUCACAUGAAACGUUGCGUGGAUAGUGGAUUAUGGGUGGACAAUGUCAAUCCCGAAGCCGGUGACGAAGGGGACAAGGCUGAAACCGCGAAUGACGAACCAGAUGCCACCGGAUCCACGGAGCAAACAAACGCCACCGCGUGA